CACGCCGUGUGCGUCAAGUGAAACUGUACGUACCACAGACCAAGAUGGCGGCGUCCCUUGUCAGAUGUUGACAACUUUAAAACUCAUUUUAUUGACGUUUAUUUUGUAAUCUGGAAGAAAGCAUCAAGAUGCCGACUGUGGUAAAUCUGAGCAAUGAGGUGGUGAAGAUGAGGAGUGAGGUGAAAAAGGUGAAAGCCUUCAUCAUUCGCAAGCUCACACGUCACAUGACCAUGCUCAAGAAGAAGAAAGGCAAAGAUGAAGUUGUGGAGAGGAACCAGAGACGUGCAGCCAGACUCCUGGAGGAGAUCCAUGAGAUCAAAGUCCUGGCCCCAGACACCGUCACCAAGGCCGCCUUGCAGGCCAACAUCAGCUACGAGAAGGUGUGCCAGAAUCGACAGGCCAGCAUCUCGGAGCGAGCCAUAGCCCGCAUCGCCUCCCACCCGCAGUUCAACGAAAAGAUUCAGAACAUCAAGAACAGACUCGAAGCUUUUACAAAUGAGAGGACCAAUACGGCUGAUAAAAAAGAGAAAAUCAGCAAAGCGGACAAGAGUGAGGUCACUCCUGAGAAGAAGGAUGAGAGUCCAGCACUUCGCACUGACACCCAGGCCAUGGCUGAGGGCGAAGAUGUGCAGAUAAAGACAGAGGACCAGGGUGAAAAGGACCAUCCCUCCGGCGAAGACUGUGGAACUGGGACUGAUAUGGCAGUUGCUCCACAAACCAUGCCAAACGAGAAAACGGUUACCCCAAAAGAGGCCACAACUGUAAACACCACGACGGUACCGGUGGAGGUGGUGAGGAUGAGGAAGGAUGUGAAGAAGAUCAGAGUGCUCAUCAUCAGCAAGCUCACAAGCCAGAUAGACGUCCUCAAGAGGAAGAAACCAGAAGACCCCGAGACGGAGGCCAACCAGCAGAAGAUCGCCACACUUCAGAAGGAUAUCAAGGCGCUUCGAAGCAUCCAGCUAGACAGCGCCACCAGGGUUGCCCUCCAGAGUGACUCGAGUCUAGGGAAAGUGUGUGAAGAUCCUGAGGCGAGCCCAGCGGAGAAGGCCACUGCCCGCAUUGCGACGCACCCUCGCUUUGUGAAGAAGCUGCAAGCCAUCAGGGAGGCCAUUGUUGAAGAGCAGAGGAAAGCUGCAGAGGCGGAGGAGAAGAGGAAAAGACGGCUUGAGCAGGGAGAGGACCGUGGAAAUGAAGACGAGGAGGGCGCCGAUGAUGAUGACCAGGAGGAGGAGGAGGAUGGUGAGGGGUACGUAGUGCCUGAGGUGUACUUUUCUGAUUCUGACGCUAGUGACGAAGAAGAUGAUGACGACGAUGAUGAUGAUGAGGAGGAGGAGGAAGAAGAAGAAGAAGAAGAUGAUGAUGAUGAUGAAGAGGUGGAGGAAGAAGGGCCUGAUGAUGAGAAAGAUGAAGAUGGUGCUGAUAAAGAGGAUGUUUCAAAUGUAAGACCAUCCACAUCCCAGGUUGAAAAAGUCACCAAAGUCAUGGAUGAACCUGUUUCAAUAGCAGAGCACAGUGACUCAGUUAGUAAACAGGUAACUGUAAAACCCAAGCCUGUAGGACAGUCUGUAGUUAAAGUCAAUCAGAUGGCCUCAUCAAAACCUUCUCCUACAGUUGAAGUCAAACAUGAUGUUAAUAAAUCACCCCUAAAGAAAACAGUGACUGCCUCCCAUGCUCUGAAAAAUAAUCCCACUUCUAAACAACCCUCUAAAGUAACAAAAAGUCCUAGCAAAGUGAGAGGAACAGAAGAUGAGGACGGUGAAAGCGACUUGUCCGACGACGAAGACAAGCCCUAUUUUGAUGACAGCACGGAGGAGCGCUUUCUCAAGCAGUCGUCUGCAUCUGAGGAGAGCGACGACGACUUCUUUGUUGGCAAGGUGAGCAAAUUCAAGAAAAAGAAGACUCCUGCAGCGGUGGCGGCGGCAGCUGUGAAAAAGAUUAAUGAUGCAACCAGCAGUGCAGACAAGGACACUGAGCAAGAUCACACACAGAAAGAGGAAACCCCAAACUUCAAGAGUGACUUUAAAGGCUCCAAGUUUGAAUCCGUCUUUUGCAGCACCCUGUCAAAUAGCCGUGGUGGAUCUCAAAGACACAACGAUAGAUUCGGUGCCAAAUCACACCCCCGGUUUCAGAAGCAGAUAAGACAGCCACCUCAGAGGGAACGGGAAGGAGGUAGGCAAAACCAGGACUUUGUCCCUGAUCGAAAAUGGGACUCCUCCUCCUCAUCAUCUUUCCAGCAUAGAAAAUCUGAUUCUUCCAGCAGUGCAUGGGGACAGAAGGAGAGGGGCUCGUUUGGAGCUGGAAAUAGCUGGGGACAGAGGGAUAAGGGCUCGUUUGGAGCUGGGAGAGGCAGGCAGUCGUUUGAGCGAGGUGGCCGGCAACAGGGACACCCUCGUGGGGGUCAGAACCCUCAACACCAGAGGGGUCCACCAGCGAGGACUUUCAACCAGCCACAGCAGACUGCAGAGGUCCUGCACCCUUCCUGGGAGGCCAGCAAGAAGAGGAAGGAACAGAUGAGUCAGAUCACGGCCUUCCAAGGAAAGAAGAUCAAGUUUGAUGACGAUUAAUUAUAUGUUAUAAUGAAAUAAACGUGUUCUUUUUUUCUUUCUUUUUUAAAAGUUCAUAUCAAAUGUAUGUGUAAAAAGACUGGGACUGUGCUGUGGGGAUUGUUUAAACUAAAAUGUUGAGCUGUUGAGAUGAUGAAUCUGUCAUUAUAGUUCCUGUUAAUAACAAUUUGUAUGACAAUAUUAAAGAAUGUUAAAUGUAGUAGAUUUAUAUCAAUGUCAUUUGUAAACAUUUCAACCGGAUUUGUAUUUGCGACAUGAUUUACCGGUAUGUCAUUAAAUAUGUGACCCAUUCAAAUGUC